AUGGCGACAUGUUCGUGGAGGAGUGACGGAGUGAGUUCUGUGCCACCUCUGCCCAUGGGACCGGUGCUCUCAGUGCUGGGUAAUGCUGCGGUCCUGCUGACCUCAGCACUGCGGCCGACUCACCUCAAGGCCCCGGAGCUCCUGACAGUCAACCUGGCUGUGACGGACAUCGGCAUGGCUCUCAGCAUGUACCCCCUAUCCAUUGCCUCGCUCUUCAACCACGCCUGGAUUGGAGGGAAUUCCUCCUGCCUCUACUAUGGCCUGAUGGGGAUGAUCUUCGGCACGGCCAGCAUCAUGACCCUGGCUGUCAUGGGGUUGGUACGAUACCUGGUGACAGGAAACCCACCUAAAACAGGCAACAAGUUCCAGCGUCGGACCAUCACCAUGGUGAUCAGUGUGAUCUGGCUGUACUCUGGACUGUGGGCUGUGUUCCCUCUACUGGGAUGGGGUGGCUACGGACCGGAGCCCUUCGGGGUGGCCUGCUCCGUGGACUGGGCCAGUUACCAAGACUCCCUGAACCGUUCCACCUUCAUCAUGUCUCUGUCUAUCCUCUGCACCUUCAUCCCCUGCCUCGUCAUCCUCUUCUCCUAUUUCGGCAUAGCCUGGAAACUCCACAAGGCCUACCAGGCCAUCCAAAGCAGCGACUUCCACUACGGACACAUCGAGAGGAAGGUCACUCUGAUGGCGGUGUUGAUCAGCUCUGGGUUCAUCGUAGCCUGGUCUCCCUACGUGGUGCUCAGCUUUUGGAGUAUGUUCCACAACAAGGGGAAGGACAGCCUGGCCCCCGUGGUCUCCCUGCUGCCCUGCCUGUUCGCUAAAGGUUCCACGGCCUACAACCCUUUCAUCUACUACAUCUUCAGACGCUCCUUUAGACGCCAGCUGCGCCAGCUCCAGGUCCAGAUCUGCUGCUCUGCCCAACCAGACUCACCUUCGUGUAGGGAGACAGGAGAGGGCAGGCAGAGUGUAAGGUCUGACCUACUACAGAGCUUUCCGGAUGAUAAGAAUAGAGCUCCCUUGGUGGGGAAGUUGGGAACUGCGGUGCUGGAAAGAGUCUGAGAAAGAGCUGACAAGCUCCUGUUAAAAAAGUAUUGGAACACGGCCUGUUUGAACAUUGGUCCGUACCCAUCAAAGGGUUAAGACUGUGUGUGUGCGUUAAAGGGUCACAAAUGGAUGGGGUGCGAGUUAAUCCACUGUGUUUCUUCACUGUCAUUCUAGCACACACUACUAGGUCAUAGCCUCAUCCUCGCCACGUCACUUACAAAGUAACACUUUACUUGAAGUCAACAGACAAAAUGUAUUAUGAUGCAGUCAUAAGACACAUCACAUAUUAUAAUCAUUGUAAUAAGGUUUUAUAAGGGCUCAUACAUGUUUAUAAAAAAGUUGUAAAGCAUUGUGUUUUUUGGCUUGAAGUUAAAGGAAUAUCAUGUAGAAUGAAGCCCCCUAAAGGAAACUGGGUGAAUUGCAACAACAUUUGCAAUUCUA